CAAGGUGUAUAUUAAUUAUAUGAAUGAAUUCACUUCGGCCCCUGGUUGGCAAAUACUUCUCGCCUUACCUGCUUCGUGAGAAAUCUACCCACAGGCUCCAGACUUCAUUCUAUUACCAGAUUUAUUUGUCACGUGGAAAGGAGCCAACCAGAAAUGGGCAAGUCUGAAACCGAGUGGAAUCCUUGCUUCCCAAGGUUGCAAGUCGUUCUAAAAAUCCCACCUUCCAAGGAAGGAAAAAGAAAUAUCUCUAUUCUUCAUAAUAAUAAGAAAAGAAACAUGAACUUCCAAGAAUUAUUUCUCGAAACACUGUCACCUUUCAAUAAGUUAUGACAAGACGUUUGUAAUUUAUCGAAACACGAAACGUGACUUAAACAACGACAGGAUCGUACGAAUUACUUAAAAGCCUAUUGACGUGCAUUAAACGUUACAAAAAUCCAUCCGGUCGUUAUCCGACUCGGUUAAAAGGUUCGUUUUCUCCUAACGAACCCCGAUAACAACCGCGCGCGUGUACAAGGGACAAAGAGAAGAAAGGGAGCGAGAGGUCGAGGCUGAGAUUUGCAUAAAUCAUCCUCUCGGUUCCUAUGGUGGCUCGCCGAAAUAUCGGGAGUAAAGACGGGCGGGAGGAGAGAAGAAGAAGAAGAAGAAGCGAGGAACACCAAUACCGAGGCCGAGGAUGGGUCCUCUGGUCACCAACACACCAGAGGGCUAUUCGGAAACGGCGGACAUCACAGAUGGGAGUCAAUUAAAAAAUCUAGUUCUGCCAAUGCCAUCGGAUUCCGAAAUAAACUGGAGGGAGCAUCGGCCGGGUAUAAAAGGUCGAAAUAUCUUUCGGAUGAUACUCGACUCCUCAUCCAAACUCCAUACGGUUAGCAUGCGACUCCUGUUCAUCACUCUGACUUGCCUGGCGGCUUCUUGCUUGGCUCUGCCGCAGCCAAAGCAAAAGAGGGAUAUCCUGCCAGGUGACCCGCGGUACGGUACCGAUCAUCAUCAUCAUCACGAUGAGAACGUGAUUCAAGACGCGAAAUCAUACAAGGCACCGCAGGACACGUAUGGACCUCCUGGACAUCAACCCGGUACUCCCUUAAAAAAUUCUUAUCUGUCACCAGUAGAGAGUGACUCCGUUCAACAGCAGAUAACAUCCUACGGAAUUCCCGAGACCGUUUCAACGGGAGAAGUGCAGAAAACAGUGUCCAGUACAGUUUCGUUGCCUGUUCAGAACGUUGAGACUGUGGAACCACCAGCAACAUCUUACGGAGUUCCUUUAGUUAAGAGCGUUAAGACGACGUCUGAGACGAAUUCUCGCGUUAAAUCUACGAUAAAGACGGUACAGACCGAGGUCCACGAACACCAGCAAACAGUCCCACAGACUGCGAAGGUCGCACCAGCUGUACAAGAGGUGACACAUUACACUGGAGUGAACUCUGUACCAGUUACAACCACGCUGACGAAGAACGUUGACAGCAACGUGUUCGCUGAAACACUGCCUAAUUUCUACAACUCGUACAACGUUCCCAAUUACGACGUUACUUCUUACCUUCCGUCCAGUUAUUCAACCAUACAACAACCAGGAUUGAACGCAGAACUACAUUCAGGAUUCAGUUCUUAUAACAACGUGCCUGCCGUAUACAGCGGAUUCGGUUCGAACUAUCCAUUAACUUCUGCCUACCGUGGAGUCAAUCUCCCACUGUCCUAUCAAUUCUCUAACACUUUACCAACCUACGCUUUCCCACGGUUAAUCCAGAUCUCUAAAAAUACUCCUCAAUUCCCAUACACCCUCACGAGAACGCAACCCUUUGCGUCAGUGCAACAGUCGCAAACGUUGCCAGUACAACAGGUGCACGUGGAAUCUGUAAAACCUGUAGAAGCACCGGUGCAGCACACCGUGCAUUCCGUACAGACUCCAGUACACUUCUCUGUACCCUCUGUAACGCAGACGAAAACAGAAACACCAGUACAGCACACUGUGCACUCCGUGCAAUCUGUAGAGGCUCCAGUACAGCACACUGUGCACUCCGUUCAAUCUGUAGAGGCUCCAGUACAGCAGUCUGUGCACUCCGUUCAACCAUUAGUAUCGCAAACAGAAACAGUAACACCAGUGCAGCACACUGUUCACUCUGUUCAAUCUGUAGAAUCUCCAGUACAGCACUCUGUGCACUCUGUUCAACCAUUAGUAUCGCAGAAAACAGUAACACCAGUACAGCACACUGUGCACUCCGUGCAAUCUGUGGAGACUCCAGUACAACAGCACUCUGUGCACUCCGUUCAACCGGUGGUGACGCAUACGAAAACGGUGAUACCAUUGCAGCACACCGUGCACUCCGUCCAUUCUAUAGAACCGGUGCAACACACGGUGGAGACUGUUUCACAUCCGGUGGAGUCUGUGAAGACGGUGCAUCAGCCUGUAAAGUCUGUGGACAUCCUGCAGCCACCGGCGCAGUCCGAACAGACGUAUCACACGCUGACUGAAGUUAAGAGCAAGACGGUGCCAGUGGGACAGACUCAGUCUUUCGAUCAGAAUCAAAAAGGAUUCUUUGAAGACAUUAUUAGUCAGCUGCCUCAAUUUCCCUCGCUGCCCUCGUUACCCUCGUUCCCCUCGUUACCCUCGUUUGAUUUCUUCCCAUCUUCGACUCCGUCUCAAGAAGAUCCCAUAGACGAUGUGUCGUCUAGUUACACUGCUGGUCAUGUCCAAGGCAUCGUCGUUUCUAGCACUCCAGCGAGUCUGGUGAAGAACGAAUACGUCCAACCGACGGACGCCAACGGUGGAUACAUUUAUUGAUUGAGUUAUUUUCGUAGCGUUCGAGUACAAUUAAAUUGACAAAGGCCUGUUCUUUACAAUGAUAACUGGAGAUAUU